AUGAAAGCAAAUUACAAGUUCUCCAACAUCUGCGGCACGGUUUAUCGCCAGGGAAAUGUUCUGUUCACCCCAGACGGUAACUCAAUCCUAAGUCCUGUUGGAAAUCGCGUUUCUGUCUUCGACCUCGUCAACAAUAAAUCGUUUACAUUCCCAUUCGAGAAUCGCAAGAACGUUGCAGCCAUCGCACUCAGUCCGGACGCAAAUGUGUUGCUUUCAGUGGAUGAAGACGGACGCGCGCUGUUGGUCAACUUUCGCCGUGGGGUGGUGCUGCACCACUUCAAUUUCCACAAACCCGUGCAGGAUGUUCAGUUUUCACCAGACGGGAAGCACAUCGCAGUGACGCACGGCUCGCACGUCCAGGUAUGGCGGACGCCGAAUCACCUUGUGCGAGAAUUCGCUCCAUUCGUCCUUCACAGGACGUAUACGGGGCACCACGACGAUGUGCUCAGCAUACAGUGGUCGCCUGACUCGCAGUGCUUUAUGACUAGCUCGAGAGACAUGACUGCUCGCUUGUUUACUCUGAAUCCCGUCGAGGGCUUUCGGCCGAAAACAUUCGCGGGGCAUCGAGAUGUGGUGCUGGGUGCGUUCUUCUCAGCAGACGGUGGAUCAAUAUACACAGUUAGCAGAGACGGGGCUGUAUUUACUUGGAAAGCUAAGCAAGAAUCGGAUUCAGAGGACGACAUCGCACACACACGUUGGGGUGUACACAAAAGGAACUACUUCCACCAGCCGGGCACCAAGGUCAUCUGCGCAACGUUCCACCGCGCAUCGAGUCUCCUCGUCGUCGGGUUCUCCACGGGUGUGUUUGGGCUCUGGGAACUGCCCGAGUUCUCGAAUAUCCACACGCUCAGUAUUUCACAAGAAAAGAUCAGCUCGGUUGCAAUCAACGCCUCCGGUGAGUGGCUGGCGUUCGGGGCGAAGAAGAUGGGGCAGCUCCUGGUGUGGGAGUGGCAGUCCGAGUCGUAUAUCCUCAAGCAGCAAGGACACUACUUCGACAUGAACACGCUGUCGUACGCGCCGGACGGGCAAACGAUCGCCACGGGUGGAGACGAUGGGAAGAUCAAGGUCUGGUCCGCGCAUUCCUCCUUUUGCUUCAUCACCUUCAACGAGCACACCGCCCCGAUCUCCGCAGUCGCAUUCGCAAAGCAAGGCUCCGUCUUAUUCUCCGCGUCGCUCGACGGCACCGUCCGUGCCUACGACCUCGUGCGCUACCGCAACUUCCGCACCUUCACAUCCCCCGCCCCCGUCCAGUUCUCCUCGCUCGCCGUCGACCCGUCAGGCGAAGUCGUCGCCGCCGGCUCCACCGACUCCUUCGAGGUGUACAUGUGGUCCGUGCAGACCGGCAAACUGCUCGACAUCCUGACGGGGCACGAAGGGCCCGUGUGCGCGCUGGCGUUCAACCCGGCGGGGGCCAACCAGCUCGCCAGCGGCUCCUGGGACCGCACAGUCCGCGUGUGGAGCGUGUUCGGGCGGUCGCGCGCGGUCGAGCCGUUCGUUCUUGGAUCGGACGUCCUCUCGAUAGCGUUCAAACCCGACGGGAAGGAGCUGGCCGCGUCCACGCUCGACGGCCAGAUCGUCUUCUUCGACGUCGACCAGGGCAAGCAGACGAACGUGAUCGAGGGCCGCAAGGACAUCUCUGGCGGGCGGAAAGCGGAUGACCGCGUGUCGGCUGCGAACAGCACCUCGGGCAAGUCCUUCAACAGCCUCGCGUACUCUGCGGACGGGCGGUGCGUUUUGGCGGGCGGGAACAGCAAGUAUGUCGUCCUGUACGAUGUGCAGAACGGCGAGGGCGUCAUGCUGAAGAAGUUCCAGAUCUCGGAGAAUCUCUCCCUGGACGGCACCGAGGAGUUUUUGGACAGCAGGAAGGUCAAUGACGCCGGGAUCAACGUCGACUUGAUCGACAGGAGGGGCGAGGAAAGCGAUCUGGAGGAUAGGAUGGACCUCAGCUUACCCGGGGCGGCGAGGGGUGCUGGAGACAUGUCGGUACGGAAAUAUCGCCAGGAGGCGCGCACGAAGUGCAUUCGUUUUUCUCCAACAGGGCGCGCCUGGGCCGCGGCAUCCACCGAGGGCCUCCUCAUAUAUUCCCUGGACGAGAGCAUCACGUUCGAUCCCUUCGACCUCUCCAUGGACCUCACUCCCCAGGCGGUGCUCGCGAUGCUCGGCGAGCGGGAACACCUCAAGGCGCUGAUCAUGGCCCUCCGGCUGAACGAGCGCUCGCUGAUCCAAAAAGUGUACGAGAGCGUGCCGAGAGGCGAUAUACGACUGGUCGCGAGACAGGUCCCGGUGGUAUACCUGGCUCAGCUCCUGCGCCUCAUCGGAGAGCAUAUGGAAAUGGGCCCUCAUCUGGAGUUUGACCUUGUCUGGGCGGGCUCGGUUAUGGCCGCCCACGGUCGCAUACUACGCGACAGAGCAGGGGAGUAUGCCAGCGUCUUCAGAAUACUUCAACGGGCGCUAUCGGGUCUCGAGAAGGAGGUGGGACGGCUAUGCGAUGAUAAUAUCUCUGCACUAUCAUAUCUUAUAGACCAGGGCAACACACGGGCAACUGCAGACGAUGUAAUGCAAGUGUAG